AUGGCGGGCGUGGGGGCCGGGACGGGGGCGUUGGGCUCUGUCAUCGUCAAGCUCGCCACCUUGCUCGGUGACGAGUACACUAUGCUCAAGAAGGUGUGCAAGGACAUCGAGUUCCUCCAGCGCGAGCUCCACCAGAUGCACACUCUGGUGAACGUGCUGGCGGACAUGGAGGGGCUCGACGAGGUUGCCAAGGGCUGGAAAGGCAGCAUGCGCGACCUCAGCUAUGACAUGGAAGAGUGCAUCGACCGCUUCAUGCUCCGCCUCGACAACGGCGACGCCAAGCCCGGGUUCGCCAAGAGGACCGCGCGCCAGCUCAAGACGUUGUUCACGCGACAUGGUAUCGGGACCCAGAUUAAGGAGCUCAAGGCCCGCGUCACAGAGGAGAGCGAACGGCGGCAACGGUUGAAUCUCAACAACUAUGUUCCAGCGAGGCCCGUGGCGAUAGAUCCCAGGCUAGCUGCGUUCCACGCGGUGGGCAAGGACUUGGUGGCCAUGGACGGCCGCAGGGAUGAGGUUAUCUCUUUGUUGGUGGAGGAGAGCGAGGAGCUGAAGGUGGUGGCUAUUGUUGGAGGUGGGGGGUUGGGAAAGACCACCCUCGCCAUGGAGACCCAUCGCAAGAUUGGAGGAAACUACCAGUGUCAAGCUUCGGUGUCGGUGUCAUGCACCCCUGAUCUCGAGAAGCUCUUGAAAGAUGUCUUGUCUCAAAUCGAUGAAGCUGCAUUUAGUAAGUGCCAGUCGGAGAGGUGGGAAAAAGACCAACUAAUCCGUCAGAUCCAGCGGAUCUUGACGGGAAAGAGGUACUUCCUUGUUAUUGAUGAUUUAUGGAAAGUACAAGACUGGGAAUUUAUCAAAGCAGCUUUUUCCGACAAUUAUAAUGGUAGCAGAAUUAUUGCUACUACACGCAUUGCCAAUGUAGCCAAGUCAUGUUGUUCUUACUCAAGUGGUCGGCUCUAUCAAAUGCUACCUUUGAAUGAUGUUGAUUCCCGAAGAUUAUUCUUUAAGAGAAUUUUCGACUCAGAAAACUCAUGCCCUUCUCAACUAGAAAAGGUUUCAGCUAGGAUCUUAAAAAAAUGUGAUGGUCUGCCAUUGGCUAUAAUUACCAUUGCGAGUUUGCUAGCCAAUAAACCUUGGAGCGCAGAUGAAUGGGAGAGACUCCAAGAUUCCGUUGGUGCUGGUCUUUCAUAUGAGAGUGAUGAUGGCGGAAAGGGUAUGGCACAUAUAUUGUUACUUAGUUAUUGGGAUCUGCCACACCACUUGAAGACUUGUUUGUUAUACUUAUGUAUAUACCCAGAGGACGCGGAAAUCUCGUGUGAAGAACUGAAAUGGAAAUGGAUAGCCGAAGGGUUUAUUGCUACAAAACAGGGAAAUUUGUAUCAAGAAGCAGAGAGUUGUUUUAAUGAACUUGUCAAUAGAAGCAUGAUCCAGAUAGUUGAUGUUGGCAGUUUUGAAGAAACAUAUUGUAAGGUUCAUGAUAUGGUGCUUGACCUUAUAGUUUCUCUGUCAGCUGAAGAGAAUUUUGUCACUGUUUUAAACGGUGUCUACAAUUCUUUGCCAACCAAGAUCCGUCGACUCUCCCUGCAAUCUAGUGUGUUUGAACAGAAAGAGGCAAUCCAAGCCAUCACAAGAAGCAAGUUACAUCUUCGCUCAUUAAAUUUGUUUGGGGAAACAGAGGAGAUACCCCCACUUGUGGACUUUCUGUCCUUGCGUGUGCUUGAUAUAUCCAUGGAUUUUUUCUUGUUGGAAAACAAGCAUAUAAGAAAUAUAGGAAGUUUCUACCAACUGAGGUAUUUGAGGAUGCACAGACCAGGAAUAGGAAUCACAGAGCUUCCUGCAGAUAUUGGAAAGCUACAGAACUUAGAGAGUUUGGAUUUGCGGGGCAAUCAAGGUUUUAAACUGCCAUCAACAAUAACCCGGCUACAGAAACUGGUGCGCCUAUUCAUUGACGACAGUGAGUUUGUGUUUUCUGCUGAUAUGUUUGGGAGCAUGCGAGCACUAGAGGAAGUGUCAGAUAUAUGUGAAGUCAACAACCCUGAGAAUUUUUUGGAAGAGCUUGGACAUUUAACAAAAAUGAGAAAGUUCUCGAUGAGUCGGUUAGGGAAGUGGUGGUUUCGAGAUUUUGAAUGCUAUAGAGAAAGACUGGGGUCAUCUCUAAAUAAAUUGGGUAAAUAUAGCCUUCAGUAUCUUCAUACUGACGGAGAUAUGGGAAACAUUAUAUUCAGGGAUCCAUGCUGCACCUUUCCGCACCUCCAACAUCUUAAACUAGUGCGUGAAAUGGAAAGGGUUCCCAAGGGAAUUGCCUCGCUAACCAACAUCUUGAAAUUGGAGAUAGAAGCCAAACUAUUUGAUGAGGAAGGUCUCCACAUUCUCAUGGGUAUGCCUUCUCUGGCCUAUCUCCGUCUAUGGGUAGGAUUCAUGAGCCCCCUGACUGUUAGCAGUAAUGGAUUCAAGCUCCUAGAGGUGUUCCACUGCCACAUAUCAUACGGAGAAGUGGGGAUAGAAUUUGCAGCAGGUGCUAUGCCAGCACUCCGACGGCUCCAUCUUUCCUGGAAUGCACUGUUUUUUAUGUUGAGGUCUAGUGAUGGUGCUGGCAUGGGCAUCCAACAUCUUUCAAGCCUUGUGCAUCUCCAGGUCGAAAUUGAUUGUAGUAGCGCAACCCUGGAGGAGGUGGAGGCCCUGGAGGGUCGCGUUGAAAAAGCAGUCACCUUACAUCCCAACCGUCAGACUCUUCAGUUCCAUCUCCAUAGAAAAUAUGAAGAUCUUAUGUUCAAGGACGAGGAGGAAAGGGAGAAGGUCGAAACUAAUUGUUGUGCUGGUGCAUCUUUGGAGGAGGUGGGGCCCGCUGGUUACCUUGCAAGAGAACUCGCCUGCUUGCGUCUCAGCUGUAAGAUUGAAAAACUCGCAAACCAUAGAUCAUAUGGUUCCAUGUACAAGCGCGAGGAGGAAAGGAAAAGGGGAAGGCGAUCUGCCACAUCGGAGGAGAAUGCGCAAGAGGUAUACAUUUUGGCCCGUUGGUUCCUUCAUUCCAUUGCACUACAUCGUGUGAUUUGCGGAUGUUCCUAUUUUUCAUCCAUAGCAGCAAGAAGACCAGGUGAUCUGAGCUACACGUUUGUUUCUCUCCUGCCAUUUGCCACGGCUCAGCAACUUGUCUCCGGAAUACUGAUACGUGACACCUUAUAUAUAUCAUGAGUAAGCACUAGCUAGGACCUUUUGCCGCAUUGCGUGUGUGUAAUAAAAGGGUUUGGUGCAUCAGGUUUUUCGUCCCAUAGUUUUUAUUCGAGU